UGUAAUAUUAAUCAGGCGAUGACUACUUGUGCAACUCCAUUCUACUCCAGAAUCAUUCGCAUUUUCUCCUCCGCUCCAAAUCCCCCCAAAUCCCUACACAAUUUACGCCGGCGUCGGUGGUUCUCGGAUAACGACUAUCAUCGGGUCGCCGCCGUUCAACUCCGGCCCUUUUCCGAUAAUAUUUCAAGCCCAAGGUACUGCAGUAGCGGCCGGACGACGAUAGCCGUUCGAUUCUGUACGAUGUCUAGCGGCCGAGGUGAUGAUCUUCUGGAGUUUCCUCUUUCUCCGUCUGGAGUUGUCAAGAUACAGAUGGGCGAUAUCACUCAGUGGUCCGUCGACGGUUCCUCCGACGCUAUUGUCAAUCCAGCUAACGAACGGAUGCUUGGAGGUGGUGGUGCUGAUGGAGCCAUACAUAAAGCUGCUGGUCCACAAUUACGGGAAGCAUGCUAUGGCGUACCGGAAGUGAAGCCUGGAGUUCGUUGCCCCACAGGAGAAGCAAGGAUUACACCAGGCUUUCGUUUGCCAGCUUCUCAUGUUAUCCAUACAGUUGGACCGAUUUACGACAAAGACAAAAACCCUGAAGCCUCUCUUAGGAAUGCGUACAGAAACAGUUUACGCGUGGCGAAAGAACAUAACAUUCAGUAUGUUGCAUUUACUGCCAUAUCAUGUGGAGUUUAUGGAUAUCCGUAUGACGAAGCUGCCGCUAUUGCCAUCUCUACAGUAAAGGAAUUUGCAGGGCACUUCAAGCGGGUGCAUUUUGUGCUGUAUUCAGACGAGAUUUACGAUGCUUGGUUGAAAAAGGCCCAUCAAUUGCUUCAAAAGUGAUGAAUCUGCUAUCUUCAGAUCUUCGUUGAGCGAAUAAUUCCUCCAAAAUAAACCAGGCACUUGAACCGGCCGAUUUGUUUUAUUAAUUUUUUUUUUGGCACUUGUUGAGGGUUUGUGGUGUUAAAUUGUAACUUUAAUUGAGAUUUGUUUGAAUAAUGAACUUAUGAUCUGAUUUAUGUGUGUGCGUGUGUUGUAGUAAGGCCAUCAUAU